AUGGCAACUCAAGCCAUAUCAUCUUCUUCUCACACUACACAGCCAAACGCAUGCGUUUUGUUGCUAACUCUAGGCUAUUUUGAAGCCGAGAAAGGUUUUCGUGUAGUUAGUAUUUUCAUUGCUUAUUUUCUUGUUACUGAUGGCUGUCGAAAUUGUGGUUGGAGCUCUUGUGUCUGCCUCCUUGAAUAUUUUCUUGAGAAGAUUGCUUCCCCAGAUGUGGCAGAGUUCUUAAAGGGGAAGAAAUGCUUUGGUUUUGCUUGUCAUCUCCAUGACUUGAAGAUGAAAUUCUUGGCUUUGUCUGCAAUCAUUGUUGAUGCAGAGCAAAAGCAAAACAAAGUCCUUGGAGUGAAGGAUUGGCUGGACAAGCUCAAAGAUGCGGUGGAUGAUGCGGAGGAUCUGUUCGAAAAAAUUGAAUAUGAUGCUCUCAAACUCAAAGUGGAGAAAGAAAAGUCUAGAGCCAUGACUAGUAAGGUGCGUAAAAAACUCUCCAAAUUUAUCAACUUAACUGAUAGUAAAAUAAAGAAUGUGAUGGAUAAGAUUCUUUGGAGAGAGGCUGACAAGGAUGCUUUAAUGAAGUUGCUGAUGUUAGAUGAUGUAGGUAGUAAUCAAAAGAUUUAUGACAUUAUUCCCAUAUUGGGAAUGGGUGGGGUUGGAAAAACCACACUUGCUCAAACCCUUUUCAAUGAUGAACAAGUUAAGGAUAAGUUUGAAGUUAUGGCUUGGGUGUAUGUUUUGGACAACUCGGGGGAUGCUUGCAAUAACAUGGAUUUGGAUUCGCUCCAGGUUAAUUUCUCAAAGAAGUUAAUGGGAAAGAAGUUUUUUAUUGUUUUAGACGACGUGUGGGAAGAUGAAUAUAUGGCAUUAGAACUAUUGACACACCAUCUUAGAGAAUUAUCAGAAGAUGAGUGUUGGGAACUUUUUGCAAAUUAUGCGUCCAAUGGAAAUACUACAAAGUUUAAUGAGAACCCAAAAUUGGAAAGCAUCGGCAAAAAACUUGUUAGGAAAUGUAAUGGUGUGCCUUUAGCUGCUAAAGUUCUAGGAGGCCUCCAAUGUUCGUCGUGGAAUGUUGAGUGA